AUUUCGUUUAAUACUCUUCGGCUUUCUUCGUUUCGAAUCAGACGCGGAUCUGUGAGAUCUAGAGGAAGGGGAGGAAGAAGAAGACGACAAUGGCAGCGGUGGCGGCAGGACCAGAUCAUCUCUUCAAUCUGAGGAACAACUUCUACUUGGGAGCUUACCAGGCGGCGAUCAACAACAGCGAAAUCCCUAAUCUCUCGCCGGAAGAUGCCGUCGAGCGAGACUGCCUCGUCUUCCGCUCUUACAUCGCCCUCGGUAGCUAUCAGCUUGUGAUCAGUGAGAUCGAUGAAUCGGCCGCUACUCCUCUGCAGGCAGUGAAACUGCUCGCUUUGUAUCUGUCGAACCCUGAAAAUAAGGAAUCAACCAUUUCAAGUUUGAGGGAAUGGUUGGCGGACCCAACAAUAGGAAACAAUGCUGUUUUGCGAUUGAUUGCUGGUAUCAUAUUCAUGCAUGAGGAAGACUACAAUGAGGCCCUGAAACACACCCAUGCUGGAGGGACCAUGGAACUGCAUGCAUUGAAUGUCCAGAUAUUCAUUAAGAUGCACAGAUCUGAUCAUGCUGAGAAGCAGCUAAGAGUGAUGCAACAGAUCGAUGAGGAUCACACUCUCACUCAACUUGCAAACGCCUGGUUGGACCUGGCAGUGGGUGGUUCCAAGAUACAGGAAGCCUAUCUUAUUUUCCAGGAUUUCUCUGAGAAAUACCCGAUGACUUGCUUGAUCUUGAACGGCAAGGCAGUUUGUUGCAUGCAUAUGGGUAACUUUGAAGAAGCUGAAACCCUAUUGCUUGAAGCACUCAACAAGGAUGCUAAAGACACGGAAACUCUUGCAAACCUCGUAGUUUGCAGUCUUCAUGUCGGGAAAUCAUCCUCACGUUACCUAAGCCAACUGAAACUCUCUCACCCGGAUCACGUGCUCGUGAAACGGGCAGCGUCAGCGGAAGAGAACUUCGAAAGAGCUCUUCAGUCAGUAGCCUGAAGACUUCAAAUCCAUUUGGUCAAAUGAAGCAUCAUAUAAAGUGUUACUUACCACCUCAAAAAACCAGUUUGCUCUUCUCGUCUCAAACACCUAUUUUUCUGACAUUUGGGGUAGAAAUCUAGCAGAGCAUGAUAAAUCGCUAAGUGUAUGAUCAGAUUUUGCCGUUGAAUAUGUGUGUGUGUGUGUGUGUGUGUUUUCUUAUCCCUCACAAGUCAUAAAUCCAUCACUUGCCCUCGUUUCAUGUCA